AUGGCUUUGAUUCGAUCGUUCUUAUGCUCUUUCAUGAUCUUGACGAUCCUCCCCAUCUAUCAUCUAGUAUCAGUCAACGGCCAGGGUACACAGCCAGGAUUCUACAACCUGACGUGUCCUCUGGUAGAAACUAUCGUCCUAACAUCCACGACGGCUCGUUUCCUUUUACAACCGAACAUCGCACCGGGACUGCUAAAACUGCACUACAGUGAUUGUUUCGUCGAAGGUUGUGAUGGCUCGGUGCUAAUCUCAGGGCCUGGCACUGAGAGAACUGCAGAUGUAAACCGAAACCUUCGUGGGUUCGACGUCAUUAACGACAUUAAGACACAGCUUGAGUUCUUGUGUCCAGGUGUUGUCUCAUGUGCCGAUAUUUUAGCUCUAGCUGUAAGAUAA